CUUCAAACUGCAGCUACCUUGGCAUUUCGACUGUUGAUAUUGAGGUCCAGUCAGCCUAAAUAGUUCCUCUGCUAAUGUUUCACAAUCAACAUGGCAUCCAUUCAACAACGAAGGAAAUACAUUCAACCUUUCAACAACAAAGAGAUUUCAGAAGCUCCAAAACCUAUUGCAAGUUAUUUGGUUGGAAAAUUGCUUCAGAAAGAACUCAAAAUACACCAUGGUCAUUUUGCUGCUGAGUCAAUGAAACAAAGCUAUGCAGAUAUAUUAAAUAAAGAUAGAAAGACAGAGUCUUCAAGCCCAAAGCAGAGGCUGAUUGAUGACAUCUUAGCCAGGCGCAGCAUUCAGCAGUUUGAUAAGGAAAUACAAGAUAGUAACAAUGAAAGGAUACUCAAGGAAGAGGAAGACCGUAUCAAGAGAGAGCUUUGGGCACUUAAUUUACAGAAGAAUCAUCAUGAAUUUAUUGUGCCUCCACACCCAGGCAAUGACCAUGAUCUUCAGACUCGUAUACAACAGCGAAUGGAGAGUCUACCAGCCAUGGAGGCCAGAGUAAAAAAAAUUAGAGAAGAACUUGAGAGGGAGAAAUUGGCUGAAACAACUGUACCAACCCAAACAAGUCACAUCAAAACGGUUCAUCGACUAUUCAAUGAGGUGGUGGAUGAGAUAAUGGAUGACAAUUUUUCCUUGUCACAACGGGCAGAUCACUUCACCGAGCAGCACUCUUGGAAACAAAAGCAGCAGGUUGAUAGGGUGAUGGAGGAGGUCCUAACAGAUCGGGUCAUCAGCCUCAUUAUGGAGCAGAUUGUCUUGGAGUCUACCUUGCAGUUUUCGAAAGAAAUUGCUCAUGCAUUAUAUAAUGUGAACAAAAUGUGUCAAGCCUUAUCCUUUGAUGUCAUUUUGAAUUCUGCUCAGGAAGCUGGCAAAGCUAAAAAAGACCCUGGAAAGGAUCAGUCUGGAAAGCCAGCUGAAGACUUGGUCCACAUUCUGCUGCAACAACAGAGAGAUAGGCAGCGACACAGAAAAGAAACGUGGAGCCACACCCAAAAGGAGAAAUUUACAAAAGAGGCCAAGCUCUGAAGUGGACAAGCUAAUUCUGAGUGACAGUGAAUCUCCACAGCCAGUGACAGCCGAGGAUUCCAAUAAAUGUGGAUCAUCCCAUGACUUUUAUAACUUUCUCAGUACUGCUGCCAGCUAUUUACUACAUACUGUUGGAAAUGUCUUAAAUGUAACUGUCCUUGUUACCCCAUUUGAGUUGUGGAGAUCUCCCAUCAGAACUUUAUAUUACAGCACACCAGUGUAAAUACAGUACAUUUGACUAAAUUAACAUUUUUAUCUGAAAUGUGUGGGUAGGUUGAUCCCCCUGGCUUCCUUAUUAUUAAAUUAUACUAUUACUCCUUUUAGAAACAGAAAUGAAAUAUAUUCAUCUUCAUACUUUUCCUCGUUCCCAUCUUGGGCUAUGAAACCCCCCACCAGGCACCAAUGGCUGGUUUCAAAGAAACUUGUUAUCACUAAUCUUGGACUAACUAAAUGUUAUUUUAGGUAAAGUAACCUAAGGCUAAUCAGUGUCUGUAAAACCAGUUUAAUUACUAAGCCAAAGUGCAUAGAUAACUAGUUUAGCUGUGCCUCAUUAAGAUCCUGGAACCUGAAAGACUCAACUGCUUGGCAACAGAAGUCUUACCUUUAAGCGUUUUAACCAAGGAUGGUAAAAUUCAGUACCUGGAAUACGAAUUCAGAACCUAUAACAGUAAUGAUUUAAAAAUAGGCGAAGGUUGUGUCUAGUUAACUUCAGUUUAACCUUCACAGAGAGUGGUUAAGAAAAUUUCCCAAAAUUAAUUGUAGGUUUAUAUCUGUAAUUAGUUUAGUAUCAAAGAUUAAAAGUAGUGCUGUCUACUGACAGCCAUAGAGUAAAGCCUGUGGAACGAAUCCAGUUUGAAUUGUAACACUUCCAAGCUGCAUUUGUUGCUAGAGCAGUUGCAAUUCACUGGUGUUUUUCUGGCUGUUAAGUAACUUUAAAAUUGCUAUUAAAGGAAACUUUUGCCCCUCUAUUGUGUAUCCUAAAGCUAUAAGAAGAUUUUG